AUGUCAAUCAAAAUCCGUAUCCGUUCUCUCUUCACUAAGCUCAAGAAGUUGCUACAAGAAUUGAAUCUAUUCAAUAGUGGAAGCAACGAUGUUGUCAAAAUAAAGAAUGAAAAACGAUCAACACGAUUAUACCUUAUCCUAUUGAUUAUAUCAACUAUUAUUCUGACUUUUUAUUAUUGUAUUAUACCUUUUCUUAAUACGGUAAUUAUUCUAUCGCCAUCAUUUAUUGAAUAUUCUGCUCUUAUAAAAUAUCCAACAUUGAAAUGUCCUUGCUCAAAUAUUGUAAUAGAAUACAAUAAAUUUCUUGAAAUUGAACCUCUUUAUCAUGAAUUAUGUCAAAGUGAUUUAGUUAGUGAUAAAUGGAUUAAUCAUCUAUUUACUCUUUAUGAAGAGGGUUGGAUAAAUUCUAAUCCAUCUGAUUUUCGACGAACAGGUGCAUUUCAAUUUCAGACACUUAGUUCUCUUUGUCAAUUAGCAAAAAAUAGUAUGGAAAACAAUCUUGAGUCAUUUCAAUCAACAGAAUUUAUACAAAUAGAAUUGAUUUCUGAACAAUCAUUUCAUGCAACAAUCAAUUCAUUUAUUAAAGAUUUCAUCGAUAUGACACCCAAAACAUUUGUUAGAACAUUACGCCUUAUACAAGAUAUCACAGCACAAAAUCUAUUUAUGACCGGCGCCUCGAUGACCAGUCUCAUACCUUUUAUAGGUGGUGACAUAACAACAGCAUUUUCUCUCUAUGUUGGAAUAAAUUAUACAUCACCAGAUGGUUUUACUUGUGGUUGUUCGGGUUCUACAGCCACUACUUGUAUGAUUUUGACAACAUUUCAAAAUAAAACUAUUCCAGGUUUUCAAACAGGUUGUUACAUGUUGAGCGCACUUUUACAAUCAACAUUAGAAGCAUUUUAUAAUCAAACAUUCAUUGAUUCAUUUACUAAUUCAUCAGAAAUCAUUGUCAAUCAUUUGAAUUCAUCAAAUUCCAAUUGGACAAUUGAAACAUUACUCAAUCAAAUGUUUGUAGCACAAUGGUUGAAUACAACAUCGUAUGAAAGAUAUUUUAACAGCUGUGCACCUGAUCAAUGUCAAUACACAAUUACUCAAUAUUAUAAUUUUAUUCAAGUGGUCACAUUAGUAAUUGGAUUAUUCGGUGGAUUAACAUCAAUACUUCGAAUUAUCACACCGAUUAUUAUUAUGUAUAUAUGCCCAUUCUUUUGGAAGUUAAUCAAGCGACGACGAAUACGUGUUGCGCACAAUCUACACGCAGAAAUUAUUGAAAGAGUCUCUAUUUCUAAUCGUAUUAUGAAAUUGUUUCAAACAAUAAAGCGAUUAAUCCUUCAAAUGAACUUAUUCGCUAAAAUUCCUCCGUCUGAAGACGAACAAGUUCUUCGACAAGAACGUUAUAUAAGCCGACUCUAUUUAAUUCUUUUCCUCAUUUGUUUAUCAAUUUGUAUUUUAUUUACAUCCAUUCGUUCCGAACCAGUGAGUGUUACUGUUGAUUCACCAUCAGUAACAACUGCUAUUGAACUCUAUAAUCGAUAUCCAUUUACAUUAAACUGUCCUUGCACUCGAAGUACAAUGAAAUAUAAUGAAUUUAUAACUGAUUUAAAAGCCGAAUUUCAUGAAAUAUGUUUAAGUGAAUACGUUGAAAUAUUUGAUUUUCGUUUUCAAUCUCCCUAUAUGUUUCAACUUUUAUCAACACUUUGUUCCAUUGCUAAUAAAACAGUUGAAGAUUCGUUAGAAUCAUUCUAUCUAACAGAAUUAUUUACUAAUGAACUUAUCAAUGUUGAAUCUUUUCAAACACAGAUUGAUUUUGCUGUAACACAAUUUAAUCAAACUUUACCUGAUCUAUUUCAAAUUAUUAUUCAAUUAACAAAGGACAAUUUUGAGAUAAAUCAGUUUAUUUCAACAAUGAAUUCCAAUGUUUCUUUCGAAAGUGGUUAUUCUGAAAAUCAACCACGAGUAAUAUUUUUUCCUGUGUCUUUUCAAGUACCGACCUAUAAUGAAAACAAUUGUUCAUCUAUGCCGGAUGAUCUUAAGAUGAUUCGAUGUUACUGUACACUAUUUUCAACGCAUGAUUGCUAUACACAGACAACAAUUUCUAGUGGAAAUAACUCCUAUCAUGUCACAGGAAUGGUUUCAUCAUGGAAUCAUUAUCAAUCUCUGUUAAUGUCAACUUUAGAAUGUUUCUAUAAUGAAGAAUGUCUUGGUCAUCUCAUACAAAUGGUUGAUUCAACAAAUAUAUCAACAUCUGAUUUUAUUCUUCGACAACCAUCAUCAUUUUCUCAAAUCCAUACUGAAUAUAAGACAAUCGAAAAUCUCGUUAAUGAUAUAUUUAUUUAUUCAUGGAAAUAUAAUACGUCGUAUUUAUCUUAUUUUGAACAAUGUCAGCCUUUACAAUGUCAUUAUACGUAUCAAAGUCGAAUCAAUUUAAUUUAUAUUAUAACAACAAUUUUUGGAUUAAUUGGUGGUCUCAAUAUUAUUCUAAGAUUAACGACACCAAUCAUUUUUAAACUAGCAUUGAAAAUCUGGCACAUUGCCCGACGACAACGAAACAAUGUUACAGUUGCAACAAGUGUAUCAGUACCCAUCAGAACAGGUAUUCUUAUUCGCUACUUAUCUAUUAUGAAAUCUAUGAAAAGUUACAUAAUAAAUUUGGAUGUAUUUCCUACUCUCCCACCAACAAAUGAUCCAAAAAUUAUUCGAAUUAAUCGAUAUAAAACUCGGAUUUAUUUAGUUUUAUUGAUCACAGCUUUGAUUAUUCUUGUUUUGUAUGCUUCAUUGACACAGAAUAUCAUUACUAAUACUAUUAAAUCUCCAUCUAUGUCACAAUUUACAGCAUUAUAUGCUCAAUAUCCUUCAACAUUACAGUGUCCUUGCAGUCGUCCGACAAUAAAAUACAACAAAUUUUUUUCACGACUAGAGCCACAAUAUCACGAAAUCUGUUCAAGUACCUUCGUUAUGAGUCAAUGGAUCGAAAAUUUACAAAAUCCUUACGAAUAUAGAUAUACCUUUACUAUAGACACACUUAUUAUCGAUAGUAAUGAUUUUCGAUUCGCUCUUGCAAUGCAAUUUCAAAUGUUGUCCGUCCUUUGUGAUACUGCUCAGACAACGAUUAAUCAAUCAAUAUCAAAGUUUCAAGAAACAGACUUCAUUACCUUACAAGCUAUUCCUAUUGCUGAAUUUAACGCUCGUACACAAAUUCUAUUUAAUGAAUGGAAAAGCACAAAAAGUAAUCAGUUUAUAGAAACACUUCAAUUUUUACAAUUAGUAAACUUGGCAAACCAAUUAGCAACUGUCGAGAACUACGAUUGGGAGUUUUUUCUCAGAAAUGAUACCGAUCCGCAUCCCGUAUUAUCUGUUGUUAAAGGUGUACUAGAUAUGAUUACCGUACCGCAGACGUAUGGCGUUGACAAUUGUUCUUGUGCAUUAAAAUCAACCUGUUCGAAUCUUGCGAUUUAUUCAUAUCCGAUUUCAAAUAGAUUAUUAACAGAAACGAUCCCAGGCUUUCGCAUAGGCUGUCGAAGUCUGGAUGCUAUGCUACAGUCAAGUUUAUCUUGUCUAUAUAAUGAAACAUGUUUAGUUCUGAUGCAAGCAGCCAUAUCCUACGCCAAACCUAUUCCUGUAAAAACAUUAAGCUCCAGUCCUUCGUUCUGGCCACCAAAUACAACUAUUGAAGUAAUGCUUGACGAAUUAUUUGUAACAAAUUGGCUUUAUGAAACAUCAUUUGAGAAAUAUUUCGAUGAAUGUGCUCCUCAGUUAUGUCAAUAUUCAUAUACAAUGCGAUUUUAUCGGAUCUACAUAGUAACAACAUUAUUUGCAUUAUUUGGUGGUUUAACAAAAGGAUUACAUAUUGCCAUAUCUUUCAUAGCAUUUGUCAUACUUAAAUUACUUAAUUGUAGAAAGAAAAAACAUACAAUAGUACCAGAUAUACAACGACUGGACAUUUCUGUAGUCGAUGAAGACAAUAAGAAGAAUGAUGAAGUUUCACACGUAUCAACAGAGUUUCAACCAGUACCAAUUCAAGUAGAUGUCGAAAAUGUGAAAAGACGAAAAGAGCAACUUUUUCUGAUUGGUCUUUUUUUAUUAACUGUAACUGCAAUAGUAGUAGUUUUUAUUGUUUGGUUUUUGGGACGAAAUAAAGAAUAUCAACCUAUUUCAAUUACACUACCAAGAACAGAGAUGACUAGUUUGGCAACAAUCGAAUCAACAACGCCAUUAACGACUGAUUGUUAUAUGACCUUCAAAUCUGAGUCUCAAACUUACCCAACCGGACGCCAUCCAAUGUCACUAACUAUAGGUGAUUUCAAUAGAGAUUCCUAUCCAGAUUUAGCAGUAACUAACUUUGAAGAUCACACAAUCUCAGUAAUGUUAGGAAAUGAAACUGGAACAUUUCAAUUUCAACAAAUCCUUUUGACAGGUGAUCUAUCUUAUCCAUUGGGAAUAGUUAAUGCUGAUUUAAACAAUGACACAUUAUUGGACUUAGCGGUGACAUUAUCUGGCGCAAACCAGAUAGCUAUAUUUUAUGGUAUUAAUACAAAUGCUUUAUUUAACAAUCAACCUUAUCGGUUUGCUUUCGAUUCACGGAGUAAUAAACCAGGUGCAAUUGAAGUUUAUGAUGCGGAUAACAAUGGGUUUCUCGAUUUAGCUGUUGGAAGUGCACAAAAAGUGAAUCUGUCUGAAUAUCUUGAUCCCCAUGCAGUCAUCGGUCCUCUGCUAAAACGAAAGCUCUAUGAUGUGUUUAAAAAUCCAGGCAACGGAUCCGGAUUUAUCAGUGUAUGUGCCAAUCCAUGUCAAUUGUGGUCUAGUAAUGCUAUUGCAUUCGCUGUCGGUGAUUUUGUUAAUGGAGGAAAACAGAACGACUUAAGUAUAUUGUCAUCGAACAGUGACGUAACAAUGUUUUCUUCGAUAACAUUUACUAAGCGUGGAUACGGGGAACCUUGGAGUGUUAAUUCUGUAUACGAGUAUCCAUCAACAAUUAUUAAAGGGCGAUUUAAUGAUGAUAAUUUUGAUGAUUUGGCUCUUAUUUCACCGUCAUCGGAUACUUUGCAGAUCUUACUUGCUUAUGAUGAAUACUUUAUUCAACAAAUCUAUCUUACUAAUGCGUAUCCAACGUCUAUUGCACGAAUCAAUUUUAACAAUGAUCAAAUUGAUGAUAUAGCGGUAUUGCAUUGUAAUCGAACUGUGAGUGUAUUUCUCGGAAGUACUAUUGGACUUUUCAGCCGAAGUCCUUUUACUGUUCAUAUAAAUGGUCAAAACAACGGUGAAUGUGCUCAAUCACUGAAAGUAGCUGAUUUCAAUCAAGAUGGAAGAGACGAUCUUGUAUUUAUAGACACAGGAACAAAUAACAUUAGAGUUUUGUUGGGUACGAGAUGUAAUCGAUAA